AAGGUUUGUUGUAAAAUAAUUAAAAUAAAAUUGGUCAUGUUAAAGUUAAGGCAAUUUUUGUAUUGCCAAAUAGCAACACUGUUGGUGGUAGCAAUGCCAGUGGUGGGGUUGUGAGAUAAUAAAAAAGGCGGUAGUCUGAGAAACGAAAGGAGAAAUCAGUGUAUUCGGUAGUGAGCAGAUGUCUAAAGAUUGUAAAAGUGGAGUUUCAAAUAAAGCAAUACAGAAUUAAGUAAACUACUGCAAUCUGUGUAUUAUUUCCUGACUGUUGGAAGUGGAGUCUUACAUCUCAGAAGUGCGGUCGCCUCACUUCCAGAACAUGAAUAGAGAAGGCACACAUCAUUUGAUGACACCCUCGCGCAGCCGUAAAGGAAGCCGAGGCGAAGCGGGUCCCAACCGAUCUCGUACUCGCAGCCGUAGCUCUCGCACGUGCAGCCGGGCCCGGGAGCUGGAACUGUACCAAGAACUUAUCCAGCGACUAGAACAGGAACUGCAGCAAGAGCGGGAGAUGGUACGGCGACGCGAGAGAAGUACACGGCGUCCUUCAGCCGAGAGGCCACUUGCGACCUCUCUUCGUGCAGCUACAGAGGUGCGCCGGAGUGACGAUGCGCGGCAUGCAAAAGUCAACCAUGAACGUCGUGCCACACAUAUCAGGUCACGUAGUCCUUCCUUUUCUACUAAUGAUGUUGUCAAAAUAAUACAGUCUAUUAAGCACGGUCCCGAAUCUCAACCGUUACCGCAGAACACACCGAUGAUUAAUAAAAAUAUAGAUCACAAGAAUAUUCUUCCAAAUUUUGACCCUUCUGUUAAAAAUCAGCGAAUAGACGUGUGGCUGAAAAAGGUUAAUGAAUGCGCGUCGGUUUAUGGUUGGGACGAUAGGACUACUAUACACUUUUCACUACAAAAACUUCAAGGAUUGGCCAAGUUGUGGUUCGAGAGUCUAGAUACGAUCUUGUAUACGUGGCAAGAGUGGCAAGAUAAAUUAAUAAACGCGUUUCCUCACGAACUAAAUUAUGGCCAGUGCUUAGAAGACAUGUUGAGACGAAAAAGCAAGCUUAAUGAACCUAUAGAGCAAUACUAUUAUGAAAAACUGUCUCUGUUAAACCUAUGUGGUAUUUCUGGUAAGCGCGCUGUCGACUGCAUAAUUCACGGAAUUAGUGACAGGACUAUGAAGUCUAGUGCCUUAGCUUUGCGCUGUUCUCUUCCAGAAAAUCUUUUACAGUUUUUAAUGAGUUGGGACACAGAUCAAUUGAUUAAUGAUCAAUCGCAUUUGAGAAAUAAAAAUGCCUCUGACACUGAAUCAAAUUCUAAAAAGAAUUCCGGUCAAGGUAUUUAUUGUUUUAACUGCAAACAGCAGGGGCAUCCGUAUUUACAGUGCCCAAAGCCGCUAGAUAAAUGUAACAAAUGUGGUAAGAUAGGACAUAAAACGGAAACCUGUUUUAAUCAGGAAGAGGGUUCCUCAAUCGGUUUGGUGGUCUCUAAAAAUAACUAGCUCUAGUGCAAAAUUAACCGAAAACUUAUCUUAACGACAUUUUCUUCGAGUCGUAUCACACAUAAAAUAGAGAACAUUCAAGACAAUAUUCCCCAUGAAAGGCUCUGGUUAUAAGUUAAUAUAGUCCUCGGAGAGUAUACCUUUUCAUCUCGAAAUUUGAUGACGUACGUGCUAGUGUUCUGUAGGCUAGGUGACAAUCUGAUGUAAUUCUUCGUUAAUCAAUCAAACAUUACAGAACAAUCGCAUAUCAUUAUUAUGAAAAAUUCAACUACUUAACGGUUUUUAAGCAUGAAUUCUGAACUGUCCCACUCAGAUUUAUAUAAGGAAUAUGAUAAAUCCCUUGAGAGAAAAUAUGUAGCAAGUCUUGAGCAGCUGACAUAGUUAAGAUCUUAAGUAGAUUAUCUAAAGAAUAUUUUGAGUUAUCUAAUUAUAAAUCAGGUUCGUUCAGUCAGUCAGUCCGUCUCCCUGGGUUUGAGGGAAUGGGAAUGAAGCAUAAAAUGCUAUAUUCGAUUUAAUAAAGCCCUGGAUACAUGUCGCGUCACUUAAACUUGGUGGAUCAGUGGGAAGUAAAUCUUUACUACUGACCGUGAAUAAUUCUAAGUGUUUAAUAAUUUUUGUCAAUUACAUUAUUUAAUGUCAACUAUGUAAUAUUAUUGUCAAUUAAUUUGUCAAUUUAAUAACAAUAAAUGGAUGAUUAAAUGAUACACAUAUAUAACUGAAUUGAUGAAGCACUUACGCUACCGAAUUAUUCUUUCUUUGUUUACAGGUCAGGAGCGAGAAUUGAUCGGUUCGCACCUCGACCAGAAAGUCCUUGAGAAUUGAUUGGUUCAAGGCAAGACAGAAAAUACUAUAGCUGAGAAUUGAUGUUCAGGGCGAGACAGGAAAUACUACAGCUGAGAAUUGAUUGGUUCAGCUUGUGUAUUUCAUAAAGUCCUUGAGAAUUGAUUGGUUCAAGGCGAGACAGGAAAUACUACAGCUGAGAAUUGAUUGGUUCAGCUUGUGUAUUUCAUAAAGUCCUUGAGAAUUGAUUGGUUCAAGG